ACUGCCAUCUCUUCUAUAUAUAUUGUAAAGUUUUAAAUAUAGGACAAGGGAUAUGAUAUCUCAACCCAUCAUUUUUUUUAUAGUUCUCUGUCGUCCCACACACUCCUUCCCGUGACUUCUUGUCUCCCUUCUAUCCAAUGCCUCUCCUCCGCAGUCACCUUGCUGUUGGCUUUGUGUCCUCAUGCUUGACCUUGUCGCCCAGGCCUCUUUGCCAUGGCCUCCCACCCCAUUGUACGAGUCCUUCUCCUUUCAUUGUGAUAUUGGACAUCUCCCACUGUAACGAACCAACAUGUGUUUCUUGUUAAUCACACAUUUCAUCUAACUUCAUCACAUCAAAAACCUACUUAUUUUGGUGAUAUAAAAAGAUCAUGUUGAGUAGAGCCUAACUAUUUUUGGAACCCUAUGCAGCAUGCAUUUCAUUCCAUUCCAGUCAUUCUAACGGCAAGCAAUUAAUAUAUGGAGAUUGUUUAUGUCCCGUGAACGUGAAGAGCUAGCUGAGCUUGGCGUUCAAUUCAUUACUGAGGCUUGGCUUGGAGGGGGUUUAAUUCCAAUACCCACUCGGCCGGCCAUCUUGGUCGAGUUGGCCAAGGAGUACGUAGUUCAGCUCCCCCCUGAGGUCCUGCAGCAAUGGCGGCGAACAUGGGGUAAAGCUGGUAGGCGAGAGGUUGUUCUUGUCCCUGGCCUUUGGGGUCCUGGAGACGAUCAGCUAUGACUCUCUGCAACCCAUCAGUCCGUUUCAUGACCGACCGUUAACUGUUAUCCUGCAUGCAUCAUAUAUCAGUCGGUUUCACGAUUGACCAAUGACCAGCACGACUAAAUGCAUACGUGAUACGUACCUCAAAUCUCUCUUCAUAUAUGCCACCACGAAACACCUCCGUUCUACACUCACCCGUACACACGUCCCAGAGGCAACAACGGCUGAAGAAGCUCACGCCGACGCCGGCCACCACCAAUGUCCGUGGCCAUGGCAUUGGCGGCCAUCUUGGCCGCCGUCUACGUCCUCAGGUAUCUACUCUCUCCGACUCCGAGUGGCACUGGCAGGCCCAAGUCGUCGUCGUCACUGAACCUUCCACCUGGCCCGCGGGGAUGGCCGGUGAUCGGCAGCCUCGGCGCGUUGGCCGGCGCGCUCCCACCGCACCGCGCGCUGGCCGCGCUGGCGGCGCGCCACGGCCCGCUCAUGCACCUCCGCCUAGGAUCCUACCACACGGUGGUGGCCUCGUCGGCGGACACCGCCCGUCUUGUCCUCAAGACCCACGACUUCGCCUUCGCCGACCGCCCAGCCACCGCCGCCGGCGAGGUCGCCUCCUACGGCUACCUCGGCAUCGUGCACACCCCGUACGGCGCCUACUGGCGCAUGGCGCGCAAGCUCUGCGCCACCGAGCUCUUCUCCGCGCGCCGCGUCGACUCGUUCGAGCGCGUCCGUGCCCAGGAGAUGCGCGCGCUCGCGCGCGGCCUGCUGGCCGAGUGCGCCGGCGGCGCCGUCGCCGUCAGGGAGCACGUGGCGGGCGCCACGCUGCGGAACAUCCUCCGCAUGGCGGUCGGGGAGAAGUGGUCGGGGUGCUACGGCAGCCCCGAGGGCGAGGCGUUCCGGCGCACGCUGGACGAGGCGUUCGCGGUCACCGGCGCGGUCAGUAACGUCGGCGAGUGGGUCCCGUGGCUGGGCUGGCUCGACCUCCAGGGCUGCGUCCGCCGGAUGAAGCGCCUGCGCGCGCAGUACGACCGGUUCUUCGAGCAGAUCCUUGCGGACCACGAGAAGACGAGGCGGCGGCGAGGCCGACCCGGCGCCGGCGGCGACGACUCUGCGGCGGGUGAUGACCUGGUCGACGUGCUGCUGCAGCUGGCCGAGGAGCACGAGAACAGACCAGAGCCGGGGGCUGGCAGUGGCAGACUCACGCGCGACGGCGUGAAAGCGUUCGUCCAGGACAUCGUCGCCGGCGGCACGGAGAGCUCGGCGGUGACGAUUGAGUGGGCCAUGUCGGAGCUUCUCCGCCACCCGGAGACCAUGGCGGCGGCCACCGCCGAGCUCGACCGCGUGAUUGGCCACGGCCGCUGGGUCAACGAGAGCGACCUCCCGAGCCUCCCCUACGUCGACGCCGUCGUGAAGGAGACGAUGCGGCUACACCCCGUCGGCCCGCUCCUCGUCCCGCACCACGCACGCGAGGACACGGUGGUGGCCGGCUACGACGUCCCCUCCGGUGCGCGCGUGCUGGUGAACGUGUGGGCCAUCGGUCGCGACCCGGCGUCGUGGCCCGACGCGCCCGGCGCGUUCCGGCCGGAGCGGUUCUUGAGCGGCGGCUCCGGCCACGGCGUCGACGUGCGCGGCGCGCACUUCGAGCUGCUGCCGUUCGGCGCCGGGCGGCGGAUGUGCCCGGCGUGCGGCCUCGCGAUGAAGUUGGUGGCCGCCGGCGUGGCGAACCUGGUGCACGGGUUCGCGUGGCGGCUGCCGGAUGGGAUGGCACCGGAGGACGUGAGCAUGGAGGAGCAAUUUGGGUUGUCCACGCGCCGGAAGGUCCCGCUCGUCGCCGUCGCGGAGCCUAGGCUGCCGGCGCACCUCUACGCCGCCAUCGACUAAUCAGCUGAGCUGGCUUACGCGCGUGGAAACAGGCCAUCACAUAUUAACAUUAUGGAUCUUGCUUGUUGACCUCAGAAAUUGCAUCAUGGACUCUACUGUAGAGUAGAGCCCGCCACCCUCCCAGAGGCAUAGCACGCAGCCGCCCCAAGCAGAGCAGGCAACCGCCCAAGCCCAAGCGCAGCCUAAUGCUGUGACAAUGAUACAUGUACUAUCAGCUGUUUAAGCAAAUGAUUGCAGGAUUAGUGCAUGUAGAUUAUGUAACAAUGGCAAGCGUCAUCAUAUCUCAACUUAUGCAGAGUCUGCGGACCUAUAGUAAAGGCGAUAUUCCCCUUGCUCGAAGCCGCAGAACGUCACUAAGGUGCUCGACAUUGGCAGGCGGCACCGAGCUCUCCUAGCUGCUCUGCGCAACAAGGGUCAGGGAAGCGCCACAGACGGCGCUGCCAUGGGUGAGUCGUUCUACCCAAGAGCCUCGGCCACGUUCGCUGCGGUGCCCUGUGGCUCCAUGUUCGGCAGCAUGUCCACUGACCGCGUUCGGCAUCUCAUCAACGCCGCGCACGUGCGUGCCCUACACUACACCGGGGUGGUGGAGGUAGUGUCCGUGGUGGAUCCGCGCCGUCAGCCAAGGCCAACCCCAAGGCGGUCACCAUUUGCACGGCCAAGCGGCGCAGCGAGCAGCUCCGAGUACAGAUGUCCGCGGUGUGCAGCGUCGAGAGGUCCGUGGCGAGGCAAAGGUCCAAGGCACGGGACGCGGGUGUGGUGAGGCGUCCGUAGGCGAGUCGAUCGGCCUGACGGACGAGACGGGAACUUGACGCCCGUAUGUAUCCCAGUACAAUACGUGACUGACCCUUAUACACUGCAAGUGUAGGAAAUGGCAUAGAUGAAGGAGACUUCGAAAUUAUAAUGGGCAGAUAUCCGAAUAGAUGAAUUAUAAUGGCGUUUCUCCAAACUCAAAGAACUGUAAUGGCUUUAACCCAACAGUCCCUAAAUAAUAAAAGGGUGGUUUUUCUCA